AUGCACUUGAUACGAUUUAGACAUCAAAAUUUCCCAAGAACCCGUACUGAUGCGGUUUAUAAAAUAGAAGCUGUUGGAGGCCGAGACAGUGUAAAGAAUAUUUUUACAUGGAAAGUUUUAAGAUGGGUUCUAAUUCCAUCCAUGAUUCUUCUCCUCCUAGGAACAGCUGUAUACACAAUAAUUUGGGCUAGCCAGGAAGAACCCAAGCUAAUUGUGAAUACCAACGAGACAAAUGAAGGUUUACUGUUUGAUCUAGGAGUCGAAUCAAGUUAUGGACAAUUGCCUGGUAAACCACCUCAGGAUCCCCCUCCAGAGGUAACAGAACCUCCCAAUGACUUGCUUACAAGUGACAUGGAUGAAUUCGAUGGCAAUGAUACUGACAGCUACAUGAAAGAAGAAGUUUCAUUUAUCGACCGACUGAUUUCAAGCUUUCAAGAGAAUUCCAAAAAGCAAGGAACACCCCACGAAGGAUUAAGUGUCAAACAGUUCACGAGCCUUGGAGAAACUGGGUAUAGAAGGAUACCGAAUGGCCACAAAUAUGGAGAAUAUCAGUCACUUCCAACAAUGACAAAGUAUUUGGAAAGGAGUACAACAGUUCUACCAGUAUCGCCCACUCUCCCAAGUCUCCAACCUAAAGGUGCUCCGACCCCCACACAGCCACCAUUCAAUUAUUCAGAAAGUAACUGUCACUCACCUCAGCUCUCCAUGUGUCGAGGAAUAAUUCCAUGGGAUCUAACAACAGUGCCGAACCUACCAGGUAUCACAUCAAUGACUUCGCUUCAAGAAGCUAUGCCGUACUUUGAGUUGGUACUCGAGUCAGGUUGUAGCCCGCGUGCGAGAGGUUUUCUCUGUUCUUUGCUUGAACCAGAAUGUCAGCCCAUCGGUAGGACUGUCAUACCACCUUGUCGAAAGGCCUGUAAAGCUGUUGCUGAGGAAUGCAGUGAUUUUAUUUUGGACAUUCUGGAUUUAUCAAAAGUAUUUCAAUGCGACAGCUAUCCAGAUUCUGAUAAUCCAGCUGAGUGUGUCAACUUUGCAAAAGGAGAUAAAUGUCUACCAAAAGAAAUGAGCUGUGAUGAUGGCACGUGUAUUCCAAAGCGAUGGAAAUGUAAUGGCAUAAAGGAUUGCAGUAAUGAAGUCGAUGAAACAAACUGUACUAUAUGUAAUAGACACCAGUUUGCAUGUGAAAGUAAAGAUGCCUGUAUACCUUUGGAAUGGAAAUGUGAUGGAAAUGAAGAUUGUCCUGAUAAAUCAGAUGAAAAUAACUGCCACAGUGAAGAAGAUAUGGUAAUGCAUUCACAUGCAUCACCUUGUCCAUCAGGAGAACUACGUUGCGUAGAUGGGCGUUGCAUUACAGUUCAGCAAAUAUGUAAUGGAAACAAAGACUGCUCUGAUGGGGCCGAUGAGGCUAACUGUCCAUUACCUUUCACGGAUCAGAAUCAAGAUCAACAUAUGGCACCCCCACAGUGGCAUGAUGAAGAACCAGCAGAUUGGAGUAUACACCAUUGCUUCUCAGUAGGAGUAGAACAAGCUGCAAAACUCAAUAAUCCUGUCAAAUAAAUAAAAUAAUGUUCAUAUGUUUAUAAUUAUUUGAAAAAAA